AUGGCGGUACAUUCCGAUAUUCUGGACGAGAAAGCUUACAGCAAGCAUGAGGAGUUUGCAGAUGGCAUGCCUCAUGAGGCGAAUGUGCUGACUCCUGAGGAGUUGGUGACCGAGAAGAAGUUGCGUCGAAAGAUCGAUCUUUUGAUCAUGCCUCUGGUUGUUCUGGUGUAUCUCAUGAACUACAUUGAUCGUAACAACUAUGCUGCUGCUCGUCUACAAGGGCUAGAAGAGGACCUAGGCCUUAUCGGCGACCAAUACCAGAUCGGACUCUCACUGUUCUUUGUUUCUUACAUCGUCGCCCAGCUUCCGAGCAACCUCGCCCUCAAUUAUUUUGGUCGUCCGUCGUGGUAUCUAGGCUUCUUCAUCAUGGCUUGGGGGCUUGUAUCGGCCGUUACCAGUCAAGUCCACAACUUCGCUGGUAUCCUUGUCUGUAGAGUCAUUCUUGGCUUUACAGAGGCUCCGUUCUUUCCCGGUAUUCUGUUCUAUCUUUCAAAGUGGUAUACAAAGAAGGAAUUGAACCUGAGGAUGUCGUUGUUCUAUGCUGGAUCCUUACUCAGUGGUGCUUUCGGCAGCUUGAUCGCUGCUGGUAUCUUGAGAGGACUUGACGGCCACCAUGGGUUGGGUGCUUGGCAGUGGCUCUACAUCAUCGAAGGUGUUAUCACCAUCGGUGUUGGCAUGAUCGUCGUUGUUGUGCUUCCCGACUUUCCUGAAACCUGGAAAGCUUUGUCUCCCGAGAUGAGGCACGUCGCUACUAAACGUCUCGCGCUUGAUGCUGCGGAAGCCGACAAGGAUGAGGAGGGCGCUAUGUCGCAGUUGAAGGGAUUGAAGCUGGCCGUCACUGAUCCCAAGACAUACCUGCUUGCUUUGAUGUACUUCUGCAUCACUGGUGCGGCCGGUUUCCAGAACUUCUUCCCUUCGCUCACAGCCACAUUGGGAUACAACCAUUUCAUCUCGUUGCUUUUGGUCGCACCACCAUACAUAUUCAUGGUGUUCUGGUCGCUUUUCCAUUCCUGGAUGUCGGACAAAAUAUCGAACCGUUUCUGGUUCUUCAUAUACCCGAUCCCGCUGGCGAUCACUGGCAUGAUUAUUUUCAUGACCACUAACAGCUUCGGUCCUCGCUACUUCUCUUUCUUCCUGAUGAUGUUCGUUUUCACCAUCAACGGAACCCAAUUUGCUUGGAUCUCGAGCUCAAUUCCUAGGCCUCCUGCUAAGCGCGCCGCUGCUCUAGCAAUCAUGAACGCGCUCGGAAACUCAACUUCCAUCUGGACAUCAUUCACCUACCGUCCUGGUGACAAGCCUCAUUACCGUCCCGGUCUUGGCAUUGCGGCUGGCUUGUUGGUCGGCGCCUUUGUGCUCGCCAACAUCCUGCGUUGGUACCUGCAGAGACAGAACAAGGCUCUAGAAGAGUUGGAAAAUGAGUAUUCAACUAUGUCCCCGGAGCGUCUCGCAACGUUGAUGAAGAGAGCUGAGGUUGAGGACGUGUCCAGAAUGCAGAAAGGUUUCCGCUACCUGGUGUGAAGAGGCGGAUUGUUUGAUGACCAUAAUGAACUUUCACA